AUGAAUUCGUCGCCGUUCUUCCUGAUCUGCACGCUCCACGCGGCGACCGCCGCGACGUGCGGGAUCCUGAUCAUGUUCUACCUGAAGGAGAUCACGGAGUUCGGGCACGGCGCGGCGACGGCGAGGUCGAUGCUGGGGUCGACGGCGCGCGAUGAGGUGGUGGUGCGGGUGUCGAACUCGUUCGCGGGGCUGCUGCUGGUGGUGAUCGGGUGCGUGGUGUUCAUGGCCGGAUUCGUGAAGGAUAGGGAGUUUCAAGGGUUCUUCGCCAAGGGAUGCGCGGGGCUGCAUCUGGCGAUGGCGCUGUGGAGGGUUUGGUUCGAGCGGAGGUUGGAGGUUUUGGCGCGGGAUUGGCCGAGGCAGCUGGUGGGCGAUUUCGUGCUCGCGCUCUCUUGGCUCUUCUUCCUUGUUUACAUGUGGAGGGACAAGUAUGAUUAG